AUGGAGCCAUCUAUAUCCAAGCUCCUUUGCCACGUGCAGAGAAAUCAAAUUUUGCUGACAGAACUUAAAACUCUAAAAAAGAGGCAUCUGAUGAUUGGAGAUGCAAUGCAAAUGCUGAAUAUAAUUUUCAGUCUGCAACUGCUUGCUACUGUAGUUCUGAGUUUUUUAAUUAUCACCUUUGAGUUGUACUUCUUUGCAGUGCGCUGGCAAGAUGGGAUAUUCAUUAUUGAUUUGAAUAGAAACUUUCUUGACAUGCUUAGUGUAACCAUUAUAAAUAACGUUUUGAAAAUAAUGCUACUUGUGUGGGCCUGCGAGACGGGUAAAAAUCAGGCCAAAGGGAUUCAUACAACCAUUCACGAUUUACUGAACAGUACCAAUGAUGAUAAGAUAAAAUACGAGUUAUUUUGCGAUCUGACGUUGCAGUUGCAGCUGUUUUCUUUACAAAUGCUACAUCGGGAAAAUAUCUUUGCGGCAAAAGGUCUUAAUAUUGAUGCAACACUCCUUACAACG